GAGCUUUUCCAGCUCUCUUCUCCAUCGUAAACAACGAUCGAACGGGAGGCGCCAAAAGAUAAGAAAGAAACCAGAAAACAGAAUCGAUUUCCCCAAAGUUCGAGUUUUGGGUUUUUUAUAAUUCGAGAAGUGUAAACAUAAUAGCUCUGUGUUUUUGUAUUGAUUCAAUUAUAUAACUUUUCUUUUCUUUUUUGCGUUCAAUGGAUUCUACCAUUAGAAUUGGUUCAUCGAUUGCUUUUCCCAUUUCUUCUUCUUCACCAAAAUUAUCAAAUCUUCGGAGCAAAAAUAAGAUUGAAUAUGGGUUUCGAUUCGGUGGAAAUGGGUGCGUCUCUGCAAUCACUCCUAAUGGCUCUGUUUCUCCCUCUGCUGCUUCUCAUGGGGAGUCAAUUUCAGUGGGAGAUGUGCAUAGAAGAAGAAGCAGUCUUGAAUCUACGUUUCGUUAUGACAAGCCUAUACCAGAGGAGAGAAUUGAGGAGCCUGUUGGUAUUUCUUUGGCUGAAAAAGUAAUUGGAGAUAAUCCUCGUUGCACUGAUUGCCAAGCCAAAGGCGCGGUUCUUUGCACCACUUGUGCUGGUUCAGGCCUAUAUGUUGACUCUAUAUUGGAAAGUCAGGGCAUCAUUGUCAAGGUCCGGUGCUUAGGUUGUGGUGGAACCGGAAACAUCAUGUGCUCAGAAUGUGGUGGCCGAGGUCAUGUUGGACUCAAGUAACUUUUGCGUUUUGCUUUCUCAUUGCAUUUUGUUGUACCCUCUUGCUGCAACGUUUACAGUUAGGUUGUCAUAUCUGUUGUAGUUACGUAGCCUUGCAAUGUUGUAUUAAAGUUUUUGUGCAUCGACCUUUUCAUUUCUCAAUGGUAUUCUUCCUCUAUAAUUUACCCUUGAUUUUUUGAAUGGUCUUGAUCUGUAUCCACUUUACUGGCAAGCUAUUGAUAAUGUUUCCACUUCCCUUU